CUUCAGCAUUUUAGCUCCAGUGGUUGAAUACGGUGAUAAAGCUGUGAGAGAGAGUUGAUCUCGUAUUUACGUAGCACUGCUGUGAGUGGUCAGAAGAUUUCCUCCGGGAGAUAAUAUUUACAAAUAUAUACUACUUCGUGGUUGGGAUUUACUUCUUAAGUGGUUAAGGGAAACAGCACGUGCAUUGUGUGUUCAUUUCUUGUGAAAUUUCGGGACGUUAUGACGACAUCGUUGUGUUGAAAUAGUUAUCCGGAUUUUACAGAUGUCCCAUAUUGGAUUAUUAGCCAGCAAUGUAUCCGAGAACUCUGUCCUAUAACCACACCAUCUGUUCUCAUUGAACAACCAAACAACUAUGGAAUCACCUAAGAUGCCAGAAUUAAUCGAAGCUGAUUCCAGUUCUAGUAAUCACAGAUCAAUGGCCAAUUGUAAUAAUUUCGAGGAAAACAACUCCUUACCGAGGAAAUCAGACCCUCAGUGGGGUGAAAGCACUGCCUCUAAGCAACCGUUGGACGACCCGCCUUAUUACCGCGAACCACAUCGAGGCAGAUUUCAAGAUACGUCACGAAAUAUCAGACAUCAUUCAGAAAUGGAAAUCAUGGGCAAUGGCACGCACCCCUUGAGUCGUGGUACGUCUAGAAAACAGUCAAACCAUUACCAUAAUAACCACAGUCACAGAGGCUACAUGGAACAACAACGGCACCAGAAGAUACGUCUAAAACGGGAGCCGACCCGUAAUUGUGUCUCCUACCUCACCGGAAUUCUACACUGCUAUAACGUUUUUCUACUGGUUCUAGGAUCUGGUGUCUUAGCUGUCGGAGUAUGGCUGCUGGUAAAAGACUACAAUUCUCGCGAGAUAUCGGCAAUUGUGGGAUCUCGUCUUUUCGAAUAUCUAACAUACGGACUGACGGCAGGGGGUGGUGCCGUCGCCAUUCUUGCCUUCUGUGGUUGUUGCGGGACCAUGCGUCAAGAUAAAUUUGUUCUUGGAUUUUAUGGUACCAUUCUGACUAUUGUGAUAUUGAUGCUGUUUGCCGGAUUUGCGUUAGGAAUCACGUUCAGAUCAGAGUUAAAAGAAGAUCUUACUGAACAUUUUAAGUCGUCAAUAAUCAAACACUAUGGAGUUGACGUGGAACGAAAUUCCUUCAACCGGUUGAUAACAGAUGCGUGGGACGCCAUGCAGAGAACGUUACAAUGCUGUGGAGCUGUUGGUAACGAAGAUUCACUCUUCAGUUGGGCUAUAUUCAAACUACACAGCGACUGGUACGCCGUGGAGAUGCGGGACAAACAAAACAGACCGUACGUCCCGGAAAGCUGCUGCGUGACCGGCAUGUCAAAAUUAGAUUGCCAAGGACUAGGGAAGAUAAGGAGAGGGUUUCCUGUGAAGGGGCCAGGUCAAAGCUACGUCGAGGAGGCAAAUGACGCACUGUUGAAAAAGGGGUGUUACGACCGAGCUCUAGACUACAUUGAAAACAACAGUAUGUACAUAACUAUAGUUGCCGGUGCUGUUCCACUUUUAUUGAUUGUGGGGAUGAUAAUAUCAUUCUACCUAUGCUGUAAGGUCAAAAACGAGGACGACGAUUUCGACGAUGGCGAUGAAGUGGAAGUAUAAAUCUUGUCGAUGUAAAAGGUGUUUAAGAAUGAAAGCAAGCACAUUCCGUCCGUCGGUGUUCAUAUACCGCUCCGUAAUUAAGGAGCAGCGUGGUUGUGUACGAAACCUACAUGUAAUUAUCUGCCCGUACUUCCGGUACGCGAAGAACUUCUAAGGCGAUUCCAUCUGUUAAAUGGAUUUCAGGAUGUUUGGACGAUCAACCUAACUUCCUGGUUUUACAUUCGACAGUCACUUGACGAAGUACGGUUUCGUUGGACGAUCACGUGAAGAGAUGCCUACUGAGAGUGAUAUUAAGUGCUGUGUGUCUUCCAUGUCAAAAAUCAUUUCGGUUUCAAGUUAUUGUCUCACCAAAGUGGAAUCACCUCAAGCGUGACUGAGAUCGUCUUGCCAACGGGACCAGCAAGUUUUUUUUAAUGCAUCCAGUAUACCAUCGGUAGGUUAACAUUCCCUAAGUUCCGCCGAACUGAUUUAAGCUAUGCAUUCUUAAAAUAGCAAAUGUUACGGGGAAAAGAUUGCGAGCAUGCGCACGAGCAAAUAAGGAUCGAUGCUCAGACAAUUGUUGCUGAUAAUUGCUAUCAAUUGUGCCUCGCCACCUGGACAGGUGUGUCACAUAGACAGGUGUAAACUUAUGCCUACCUGUCUACUGUUGAAAUCACUACGUCACAUCAUUACGUCACUUCAUUACGUCACUAUUCAUUUAAAUUUUCGGAUGGAAAAAUAUACAUUUCGGAGGACCCAUAUAUCAUCAUUUUCCACAUCAAUAUCUCUUCACAUUUUUUUUUACUUAAAGGCGUGAUUACUACAUGAAGAAAUGUAGUGGACAUAAAAGGUAGUGUGAUAUUAAACUAUGGCUGAUAUCAACAACUACCUAAUUUGUUGACUCGAGGUGUUUACUAAUUGAUUAACAUCAUUGGUCGUUACGACGAAUUUUAUCAUCAGUUGCAGAAAGUUCAUGAUUGACUACAAAAAUAUGUGUUGAAACCCGCUGAAAUUCAGAGGCCCUGAUCACUCUCCAAGUCUGACGAGUUUGCAACUAGUGGUCUCUCACUGUUAUGCAGACUAUGCUGUUUGUUGUGAAUGUAUUUUGUCGGAUUAUCUGCCCCUUAAUGCAACAACGGCGAAAAAAGCGACUGCUUUCCUUAGCUGCAUUUUAAAUGUGUACAAGUCACUGGGGUAAAUUUGAGAAAAAAUUGGAUAAAAUGCAGAUGUAAACAUUGUGUUGGAUACCAGUAAAAUCUGUAGGCUGUUUUCAUGUUCACGUGAUUAACGGCCAGUAAGUGAAGAAAUGCUGACUUACACAGAAACUAUUAGAAUUUACCCACGACGUUCUAAUUAGUUGUUAUUGUUGUUAUUAUUCUGUAUAUAUUGGUUUAUUUCUUACAUUUUAAUUAUCUCCAUCAUUUCCCUAACACUUUCCCAUAAUGACCACAGAGAAAUAUUUUGAACAGAGGAGGUAAUAUGUUUUCUUUAAAGGGAUGUGUUUUUUGCUGUGAUAAAAUAAAGAUAUUUUAUUGAUAUAGAAAACUGAUGAUCCAUUCAAUUAAUGGCAAAUUUAUAUCGGUUCAAAACUAUUCUUUUUUGUCGCGGGGAGGGGUCAACUACUAAAUAACAAGGAAUUUCUAAUUUCACAAAAAGCUUGGUAAUUCAAUGUUGUGUGGUUGAUAUUAUUUUAUUUGUUAUUUUUCACUGUUAUUAAAUGUACAUUUCUUUUUUUUUAAUAAUUUUACUUUGUCUACUCAAUAUUUUAACAUGUAACCUAACUUAUCAGUCGUUUACUCAGUCACAUAUGUCUUUAUGUUGGAGAUACGGACUUGUAAUUAUGUUAAUUACGAAAUUUACAUGGGACUAAUGUACCUCUUCAUCCAUUUUUUAAAAAUAUAUCUUUUGAUUUUCGUAAAUUGGAUAUACCGCCCUAUUUGCAAAAUUUCUUGCUGUUCUGUACCUUUUAAGAAUUAUAAUAAUUACUUUUAAAAUUGUUGUUAACAUCAAAUUAUAUCUCCUGUUUCGACAGGCGAUUCGACAGAAUAUCCCGUUAGAUGGAUCCUAGGUUUCAAUUUUGAGGCCUUUAGCAUCAUUGAUGAGUCCUAGAAGGACGAAACAGUCAUACGGUGCAAUUUAAUUUAGUAUUUUGUCUUACUACUUUACUUUAUCUUAUUCUAAAUUUGUAUUAAAAGGUGUAAAUCACUGGUGUGUCGUUGUACAAUCCUAAAAAAGUUUCUUUUAAAUGCAUACAUGAGAUGAGACAAAAAUUCACGAUGUGUAGAUGUAUCUUAUGGUUUUCAACUUAAUAAACUCGGAACGCUUUUGGUUUUAUAUACAGCGCAUGAUAACCCCUGGGAUGGAAUUUGGCAAUUAACACGUGUAUAUCUUUUCAAUAUUAUGAUAGAUGUAUGUUUUGAGGAAACUAACACGCACCUUAAUGGUACUUUGAUUAUUAUAUAAACUGCAGUGUUUAAAUAAUUCACUUUAAUGUUUCACGAUCGUGUACCUGCACAGCUUCUUGUGUCAGAUAAAACCUACAUCUACAGACAUAGAAUAUCUUUAAUUCAACAAGAUAACCCAUAAAAAAUAAAUAUGUAAAAAUAUUCGUAAAUUUUCAACGAUAUGUCAUAAGAAUUCAAUUCAAACCUUUCAUGAAAUCUUCCGAGAGAGAAAAAAUUCGGGAAUACUCGUGAAAAAAUUUGAGUAUAAACAGAAUUUUAGUACGUGUAUUGGAAAGUCAAUACCAUUACGUUAACGGCCAAACACUACACCUCUCUGUGUAUGUAUCAUCGCGCUACCCUAAUCCCAAUAGACCGUCAACAUAUAGAUAAGACCAUAUAUGGAAAUUGUCUUAGCCAUGGAUAUAGACCAGUUGUCUUUGAAGAUAUUAUCAAUUAUUGACUGGAACUCAAAAUGUAUGUCGUUACUUACAUUUAUUUCCCCUAUACACACGAGUUAUAACAUUUUUAUUCAUUUAUUUAACUUUAUAGAAAAUUCUAGUCUGGAAAAAAAUAAAAAUAAAAAAACCUAGUCCAUCGUCUGUAAAACUGAUCAAAGAUUGUAUUUAGAACUAGUUGUGCAACUUAACAUUGCGAAACGUUGGUAGUAUCAAAUAUACAAUCAAGUUUAAAGCUGUCUCUCGUAUCUCUCAAUCAAGUAUUCAUGAUUAUUUUCAUUUACCAUUUCGUUUAAUUUUUUUCAGCAUUAUCGUUUUAUUCAAGCACAUGUACAAUCGAAUUAUUCUGUUAUGGUGUAAUUUUGUAUUUUUAUGUAUUUUUUCUCAGAUUUUAUGUUUUACAUGUUUGUAUCAGUUCUUUUUGAAGGUCAGGGUAUAACAUGUAUGUAAUGGUGUCCACCUUUUCCGAAAGAAUGUUAUAGUUGACAUAACGAAGUCCAACUAUGUGCUCUGAUAUUUCACUGAAAGAAUACAGUUUGACAUCAAAGAAAAAACUGACUUAUAGUCAAGACUACGUGAAUCCUAUGUAUUUUCUUACUGAAUACUACAUACAACUACAUAAGGAAGAUUGAUUGCGCAUUACCUUUUUAACAGAACUAGCGUUCGGAAUAUCGAAAUUGAGCAGAAUUUUAUUUCCAAGUAAAGACCGUUUUUCUUCGACAUAUUGAAGGCUGGCUUUAUUCAUUCUAUUUCAGUGGUAAAUUUUGUAUCGAAUUCUUACAUGUACUUCAAAAGUUGAAAUUGUAAUUUUAAAGGAAAUUGGAACAAGAAUUUAAAGUGUGCUGAUGUUAAAAUGUUUCAAGGGCGUUAAAAAUUCUUUUGUGUGCGGCACUGUCAGUAUUGAUCCAUCUACAUGACUCUGCACUAUGAUCUCACAUAACUUGCACGUGCUGCUCAGUCAAGGUCAUGCGAUUCUCAAUCACCGGAACGCCACCAUGACCACACGUAGAUUGUUUAUCAUGUCCGUCAUGCCUGGAUAAUGGUAAUCUUUUACAGUUUUUCAAAGCAAACAUUGGUUCACUGGAGUAGUACAUCAAUCAGCCAGCAUCUUCUUUUUGUUGAAGAAUGAGGGAUCUCGUACCAAUUCGACAAUUUUCGCGAAAAUUUUCUUUCGUGAUCAUUGCUCUUACCUUUGAAUGAAUUCUUAGAAAACGCUUACAAACAAAUGUAUUUUGUGAGAUAGAAUUAACUCAAGCAAUUGAUUGCGUCUGGUUUUAUUUUUGUCAUAAUUUACUUAUAUAAUUGUUCGAAACGCAUGACCUUCAUUAAUAGUUGUGUCAGGAUGUAUAUGGAUAUGGAAAUCACGUCUUAUUUACACGUGAUAUAAGCAAACUUAUGUUAUUUACAUGUGAUAUACGCAAAGUUGUGUAAUUUACACGUGGUAUACGCAAAGUUGUGUAAUUUACACGUGAUACGUAGAGGAGUGUAAAUGACUCGUGACAAAUCAAUUUGUGAAUUUCAAAGUUGUGUAAUUUACAAGAGAUAUACGCAAAGCUGUGUAAACAAAAGUCAAGUCGUGCUAUAUUGUACUCUACAUAUAAAAAGUUGUGGCAUGCGCAGUCGUAUAGUGUAAACUGAAGCAUGAUAUAAGCUAGGCAUUUAAUAUGACUUUCUGACAUUCGUGUGAAAAUAUCUACGCAUUUCUCAUAUACUUUUUGAACUACCCAUGUUUAUAAAAACGCAUUUGUUUUAAUUUAACAGUACAUGCAUUCGUCAGUAUUGCUGUUACACAUAUACUUCAUGUUUUAUGUAAAAGUUAAUAUAUUUAAAUUAAUCGUUUAAAUACAUGUAUUUUAAUAAAAUUGUAGAAAUUCUCGAAAUUUAAAUGAACAAAAACGACAAGUCUGAUUUCAUUUAAUGAUUUUUUUUAUAACUGAUAUAUGAUAAACCCUUGUGUUCAGUAUUGUACCUAAAUUCAAAUGGCUCGAUGAGUUAAACAUAUUCAAACUAUUUCAUUAAUUUGUGGAUUGGAGCUAUAAAAUUCGAUGGUUGUACAACAGUUUGGCAAAAAAUCUCAUUUUCUUUUCUUUUGAAACUAUGAAUCUAAGUUUAUUUUUAUAGAUAAACUCACUUAGUGUUAAUCAAUGUUUGUGUGUUUCAAGAACUUGAUGAAUUACUAUUAUAAGUCAUCAGGAUUGUGAAUUAUUUGAGCUUUUUGUGAUAUAUCGAGAUACUGAGAAUUGAACAAGAAGAAGGAAUCAGGAAAUGUUAUUAAUCUUACUAGGUUCUAGUCGAUAUCACAUACAUCAAAUAGUGUAAAAUUAGUUCGUUCAAAUUUACGAUUUGGAAAUCGUACAUUACAUGUGGAAUUUCACCAAAGAUUUAUUACAAAUAGACCGAACACUGCAUGCUGAUCAUGAAAUGAAUUUGAAAUGAUGGAGUGCGUGAAGAGUUAUGACCGGAAAUGACGUGUGUUUGCAAGAAAAGGGAGCGAAUGUGAAGAUUUGCCACUUGUUUUCAGAAAAGAAUGACAGUGGCAAAAUGAGAAAGAGUGAGUAAGAUUUUAAACGUAAUCCAAGAACAAUUCAUCAUAGGAAGCUUGCAUGUGAGAAGUGAUCAGUUACAAAGUCUUAAUCGUACCGUGGAUGUUGUUUUCCGAUCUAGAGAAACUGAAUUCUCCCUUGGGACCAAUAACAGUCAUGUUGUUACACAUGUGUAUUCGAACAAUUCGUAUCGUUUAAUGUUCCAUUACCUUCUCAUCAUGAACACUAGAUAUAUUGUUUUUCUAUAGCAUGGUCGUUCUUCUACAAUUUUUUUCUGAUUUUGACAUUUUCCCUCUGCCUAUGAGAUUUUAUAUACAACUUGUUGCAAUGUGUUAAUAUGUCGUUUUACAUUGAGUUAUUGAAUUAACAACUCUUUAAAUAUAUUAUACUGUCAUUUUAUACACGAUGUUGUUAUAAUGUCACUCGCAUGGCUGUUAUAUAUGAUGAUUAAAUUUGUAAAUAUUGUACAAAGAAUAUCAAAUUAACUCCGACUAUUUUAUGUAAUAAAACCACCUGGUAAGAAA